AUGCCUCCUAAAGGUAUCAUUAGAUUCGAUACCAGUUGUGAUAUAUCCGCAGACGGUAUAACUCUCGAUGGUACAAUAUCUAUCUCUAACCAUCCUAGGGUACCAGGAUAUAGCAGAAGUUGGAAAGAUAGUUAUCUCGAUACUAUCUCAAGUGCAAUCACCUUGGCAGGUAGUGCUCGAAACGCACAAUUAUCUUGCGAUGUUGAUUUCUCUAAGUUCGGGCUUAACGAUGCUCAGAGGACAGCAGAAAUAUGGAACAACGAUGUGAGGGGUAUCGUUGCUAGAUCCAUCAGUAAAGAAGGUGAUCCAAGGGAAGGGGGGAUUAAUUUGCAACAUGCUCUUAGCCACAUAAAUCCUAAUGCCGGACCCAAACCAUCUGCUAGGGAUACUCGAAGUACACGAAUCUCAACUCACGAUCGACCAGCAUAUUCACAUCGUCAGCUGGAAAGAUUAACCAGUGGUAUCGAUUCAGUACAUGGCGAUAUACGUAAAAUGAUGAAAGAGAAUAAGGCGACUGAUGUGGGUGAUCUAAUCAUGAAGGGCAAUCAAAAAUUUAAUACGAAGCAAUUGGCCACUGUUUUGUGUCGAGAUGUUCUGACAGAAUCCACAUCGUCUAUCCAAAAAUUCAAAUCGCCCAGUACCCUUAUGAGAUUCGAGUUCUAUCCAUCUUCUGCAGAUGACAUUGACAAUCCCGCCGAUGCUGCUAUUGGUGCGAGCUACGAUCUCACUUUCUAUCCUACGGACAUGGACUUCAAUCCUGAGCAUGGGCAGGGUUCUUUGGAUGCAAGAAGAAAUCAGGAACGCGCAAUAAACUUGGAACGAUUCAGCUCGAUUAUCGAAUAUGGGUUUGGCACGAUCGCAUCAAUCCGUCAGUGGGAGAAGGAACAAAGUAAUGAUGAUUUUCCUCGAACGGAUGCCCAGCUGAAGGAUCCAGAUACUGAACCGAUGGAAAAGGAUUGUAAUGAUUUCUUGAGAAAACUUUCAAGUCGAGAUGGAAGAUCUUUUCAAGUAGGACACACGUCGAUUCUUUCAAGUGAUUGUCACACUGCUGAGAAAGACGUCAUGAACGAAUACCUUGACACACCGGAAGAUAUCUUAGGUGAAUUCAACGAUGUUGUCACUACUGGUAUCAAGCUUGAUCACAUUGACAGUCCGCUUGAAUCGAUCCAUGACAAAGUUAAAACAGAGUUUGCAGCACAAUACGACUCUGGCCAAGUGUCAGAUGUCGCUUCGUUCGUAUUGUCGUAUUGGAACCAGAAGGAGGAUGAAAUGGAUGAGCACGGGCGUGUACAGCAUAGACGUAAUAAGGGUGCGGUUGCCUCGUGGCUCUGUGAGAAGACUAUAGAGGAUGUUGUCACUAAUGUCAAGGCACAUGAAGAAAGGUCCAACUCUCGUACUAUCCGAUAG